GGGCAAAGAGACCAUGGCAAGGGUCCUUGCUUGUUGUAUAAAUAAUACACAUAUAUAUGAUGAUUUAGUUCUCUUUGUUCUUUAGUUUACCAAAAACAACAAAAAGAAAAAGAAAAAAAAAAGAAAGAAAAGAAAAGAGAAAUGGUAGCUCUAUCUCAAAUUUUGGCACAACUCUACACCAUGACCCUACUCUUCUUCACCAUUCUAGUUCUUGAACUAGUAAUCCUUCUACGAUCCAUCUCCGGCGACCGCCCCAUCACCACCACCCAGUACCUGAAACUCAUCGAGGAAAAGAUUCCGGCCACCCGGUACGACGCCGCGGUGGAGCCGCCGCUGGAGUGCACGGUUUGCUUGUCGACGUUUGAGGAGGGGGAGGCGAUUAGGAAGCUGAAAUGCAAGCACGUGUUCCACAAAGACUGCCUCGACACGUGGCUGGAGCAGUGCUCCGCCACCUGCCCACUCUGCCGGAGCAAGCUCUUGCCGGAGGAGGUGGUGUUGCGGUACCGACAGCGCCGGAACCCGCCGGAGUACGAAGGAAGCGAUGAGGAGCUUAUCUACUUGUUAUCCGCGUUGCACGGUAAUUACUUGCGCAGAUUCAUGUGAAUUGAAUCUAAAGAUUUUGAGAAAUUUUUGUAUGUUAGUGUACAGGGUUUUUGUUUUUAUUUUUUAAUAAUGUCGUGUAAUGUAACACUUUACACCUAAAAGGAAAUGUGGCCCAUAAAAUAGAUUGCUAAUAUAAAAUUAGUGUGUUGGUUCUCUA